GGCCGCGCGGGGCCGCCGAGGCCGCGCCGUGCCCGAUGUCUCCGGGCCGGCCGUGGCUGCCGGGCCGGCACAGCCCCCGGCGGUACGUGCUGGCCGCGCUGGCGGUGCUCGCUGGGCUGGGGGCGGUGGCAGGGCUCGCUGUAGUUUUCUACUUUGAAUCAGUCCGGGGUCAAAAAACGUGUCCGAAGAAGCUGGAAAACUAUGUGGCAUCGAUGGUGCUGAGCGGAGUUGCUGACACGCUGGGCUAUUACAAUGGGAAGUGGGAGUUCGAGCAGAGUGGCCCAGCCAUCCACAGGGAGCUGGCAGAGAUGGGGGGACUCGGCAACGUGAGCAUCGACGGUUGGAGAGUCAGCGAUGACACAGUGAUGCACUUGGCCACGGCCGAAGCCCUCGUAGCUGCCGGAAGAAAGCCCACGUUACGGCGUCUCUACUCUCUGCUUGCAAAGAACUACAAGGAGUGCAUGAAUGACAUGGAGGGCAGAGCUCCAGGUGUCACGUCUAUGGAAAGCACAAUGAAGCUGCACCCGGAGCAGCCAAACGGCUGGAGGAUCCCGUUCAACCUGCGGGCGGGAGGCUGCGGGGGUGCCAUGCGUGCCAUGUGCAUCGGGCUGCGCUUCUACCGCCCCGAGCAGCUGGACACCCUGCUGCAAGUCAGCAUCGAGAGCGGCCGCAUGACCCACCACCACCCCACGGGCUACCUGGGGGCCCUGGCCUCGGCUCUCUUCACGGCCUACGCAGUGAACAGCGUGCCCCUCCAGGCCUGGGGCAAGGGGCUGCUGGACGUGCUGCCGCAGGCAAAAGCCUACGUGCAGGAGAGCGGCUUCUUCGUGAAGGAGAACAUGGAGCACUGGUACUACUUUGAAGACCAAUGGAAAAGAUACCUGGUGGAGAGGGGCAUAUCAGACGGGGUCUCGAUGCCCACCUUCCCCAUCAAGUACGGCGUGGAAGAGAGGGACGACUUCUACUCGUCCCUGAGCUACGACGGCUGGGCGGGCAGCAGCGGGCACGACGCCCCCAUGAUCGCUUACGACGCGCUGCUGGGCGCGGGGGACUCCUGGACUGAGCUGGCUCACCGCGCCUUCUUCCACGGGGGUGACAGCGACUCCACUGCUGUCAUCGCGGCUGGAUGGUGGGGGGUCAUACACGGCUUCGAGGGGGUUCCCCUCCCCCUCUACGCCCACCUGGAGUACAAGGACCGCCUAGAGAAGGUAGCCGAGGGCUUGUACCAGCUCGUCUAGGCAGGGGGGGGCACGGGCACACUUACCCCCUGCCACCCUGGCUCGCUCUGCAGACCCACUGGAUUAAAGCUUGUGAGCCUUU